GUUUGAGGAUGGAACACAGGAGAGGACACGCUCCCAGGCUGAUCGUGAGGCGAUCAGGGCUCCACUGAAGAAAGAGAUCAAGGAGCUCAAAGCACAGCUGGCGACGGUUCAGAGUGAAGCGGACCAGACGGCCCGCGAGCUGGCCAGGAACCAGGGCAUGAACGCCGACUUGAAGCACAGGGCCGAGAUGGCUGAGGGCCGAGUGCGCAAAGUGAAUCUGGACCUCAUCACUGCCAAGUCCACAGAGGAG